AGAGACCGUUACGGGGAGAGAAGGCAGAUACCGGGAUGGCUCUGCCAACGUUUUUCCUGUUUUGUGAAAAGUGCUUGGAGAUUCUAGGCUGAGAUGGAGAAUUGGAGUCGAGAGAAAGUGAACCUCGGGAGGGCGCCACUGCUGCCGAGGAACGAUAAAUCGGCCACCAUAUUGAAUUCCAAACAGCGCGCCCACCUUGUGGAGCAGGCUGCAAUUGAGCCGCUGUGGAUUCUGGAUUCUCGUGUUGCUACGGAAUUUUCCCCCUCCUAUGUGUCUCUUACUUCUCACGUGUCCGGAAACCUGGCCACUCAUUCAUCUGCUUCAAGACCUAAUCCAUUGCUGAGUAUUAAAAUACAUAAAGAGGACAGGAUUCCCAGUUAUUUGGUUGUCAUAUAGUAGCAUUACAAACCUUCUUUGUGGUGGAUUGAUCAAACGUACGUUAAUUAACAUACGUCAAAUAUGAAGAA